AUGAAUAUUGAUUUUUACCUGCAAUACGAAAAGGUGUCGCAGGGAAGUCCACCAGCUUGUGUGCUCAGGCCGCCAAAACAGUCGUCGCCGUCAACUGUAGCGGGAACUUCCACUUCCGGAAUCACGGCGCAACUUGCCAAACCUCCUGCGGCGCGCCUGUGCCAUUUAGUUCGCAGGCCCGAGUAUGACGGCUAUGGUUUUAAACUGAUUCCGGCCAAGCAGCGCUAUCUUCCACGGGUGUCAGCCAUAGAACCCGGAAGCCCAGCUGAGGCCGCUGGCCUGCGAUCCAAUGACACUGUCGUUGAGGUAAACGGGGUGAUUUUGGAGGGCCUUGGACAUGAAGAUGUGGUGCAGCUGGUCAAGUCCACACCUAACGAAGCUCGACUCUUGGUCGUAGACGACGAAACCGCUGCCUGGUACAGGAGGCGCGGCAUCGCCCUCCGCGGCGACAACCUUAACGUCGUUCGCACGAGCUCCAAAAAGUCAUCGAGGAAGGAGCUUGCGGGGGGUCUUCGAUUGUGCUACCUGCGCAAGUGGCCGGACUAUGAGGGGUACGGCUUCAGUCUCCGAGAAGACGAAGAGAACUUCUUCAUUACGGCCGUAGUCCCCGACAGCCCCGCCGAGCUUGGUGGACUUCGCAAUGAUGACAGGCUCAUCGAAGUGAACGCGGUAUCAGUGGAAAACAGGAGCUACCAGGAAAUAAUGUGCCGCAUCGGCAAGGAGCCGGACCAAGUAAACUUGCUGGUCAUCGACCGUGAGACAGACGAGGCCUUCGCGAGCCGUCAGCAGAAGCCCAGUGGUCAGGCGGACGGUGUCCUGAGGCGCUGGACACCAGCCCGACGACCUCGGUUAACUUUUAUGAAAACGAAAAAACAGACGCCCAAAGUAGAAGCCGCAGGCAAUGGGGGAUUUGUAAUUCCACACGCCGUUGAAUCGGCUAAUGACGCUGAACAUGACAAGGCUAUCAGCGAAGAAGACCUCGUCGUGAAGGAAGGCGUGGCCAAAAGUCAUUGGCGACCACAUCUUCCUGCCACCCAGUCCAUGUUCCUGAACUGCGCCAGUCCCAUUCCCACCCCGAGAAAGGACAACACCAGUAACAGCGGAUACUCGUCCAUCAGCGUCGGGUCAUCGGAAACCAUGUCACCUACUGAAUCUGCGGAUGGGCUUCGUCUCUGCCACUUGUCCAAGUGGCCAAACUUCGAAGGCUACGGAUUCGCCUUGAAAGCCAAGAGGCUUCGAGAUGGCCAGUUCGUUGCACACGUCGACCUCGGCAGCCCAGCUCAUCUGGGCGGGCUGCGGAAAAGGGACAGGAUAGUCGAGGUGAAUGGCGAAUCGGUAGAGGGUGCCAGCUAUCGCGAUGUCGUGAACCGUAUCAAGCUGGAUCCUGGCAAUGUGGCCCUUCUGGUCAUCGACCGCGAGACUGAUGAAGCAUUCGCUCAUCAGAACAGGACUCCCAACAGCCGAGAUGACUGCGUGGUUGAAUGCAGGACACCACCUGUGCAGCCACCGCC